AGGUGGUGGUGAUUUAGGCCAUUGCCAUUAAAAAAAAAUCCCCCAAGGGGCCUGGAGCGAUGUCUAAGGUCAGAACAGUGUACUUUCAGGCUUAACAGUUUUUUCAAUUUCUCAAGACCGCCCAUUAAAACAUUCCUGGCUAGACAGUGUAUUUAAGUCCAUAAGUAUUUAUAAAGUACUUGAUGUGUUUACCGUGCUUAGCUCCCUAAGGAGUAUGGAGCAUUGUCUAAAGGUUUAAGUUUUGUUAGGGAAUUCUUACAGUGCAUACAGAAUCGUAACAAAUAGUAAUUUACUAGCUGGGUUUGUAAAAAAUAUUGGGUGAUUGUAAGUCAGAAUACAUUUCACCAUAGAAAGGAUUUUAUAAAUGCUGUGGUAGGGAGAGAUGGCACAGCAUGUACAGUCUUGAAAUUCAGAGAUAUUUUGGUACAUAUCAAACACUAUGAAAAGUUUGAAUAAUUUUUAUUACUAAGGAAACUAUGAAAGUAUAAACUAUGAAAAGUUUAUUAGUAAGUUUUGAGUCAAGCAGUGGUGAAAGUUUGGCAGGAACUACAUCAUGGAAGGCCCUAAAGUUAAUGUUAAUAGGAUUAGUUCUCAAAUUAUUUCACCUGUGUUAUUGGGUCUAGGCUGGGAGAGUAAAUAAAAUAGGGCAAAUCUGGAGCCAGAAACAAUGGAGGGCCCAGGCUCCCAUUGCCAGGCAAGGUGGUUUUUCCAAGGUGGCGCAGAAGCGCCAUUGUUUUUCAAAGCGAGAUACUGGCAUCAGCAGCAUCAAAAAUCCCGGGAUCAAAGGAGGAUUUUAACUCCAAAGAUGGAAGCCACAUCCUCCAAGACAGAAUCCACCUUGCAAAAAUCAUCCUUAGAUGUUUGUACUGAAAGUAACAAGCGACAACACAAGAGCACUUCAGAUACAGUGAUUCCCAGUGUUGAUAUGGAAAGCAUUCAGAAUCUAGACAGUGAUGAAGAUACCACACUAGGCCUGGAUGAAUUUUCAGGAUUGUCACCGUAUGAAAGGAAGAGACUGAAGAACAUAUCAGAAAAUGCAAACUUUUUUGCUUCUCUUCAGUUGUCUGCGUCAGCUGCAAGGCUCCGUGAAAUGAUAAAAAAGAGACAGCCUCCUGAAUCCAAAAGAAAAAUGCCUAAGAAGAGAGAAAAUGGGACUGGAUGUAGAAGGUCAAUGAGAUUACUAAAAGUAGAUCCUUCAGGAGUGUCAUUACCAGCAACCCCAACCCAGCCGACAUUAAUAGCAGAUGAAAAUCCUUUGUUACUUCCUGGGCCUUUAGAAAUGACUCCUGAAAAUCGAGAUGAUGACAAUGACCUGUUUAAAGGAUUCCUACAGACUUGGGCAGAAGUGAGCAAGACAAGUAUUAAGAAUACUGAGAAGGAGUUAUCUAGCAUUAAAAACUAUAAAGCCAAUUUAAAUGGCAUGGUCAUUAAUGAAGAUACUGUUCAUAAAGUUACCAAAGGCCCAAUACUCUCUGUGGCUCUCCACCCAUCAGAAAUUAGAACUUUGGUGGCAGCUGGGGCCAAAUCUGGGCAAGUUGGACUUUGGGAUUUGCAACUGCAUAUCAGCUUAUUAAAACAGACUCACCAAUCUGAAGAAGAUGGAAUUUAUGUUUUUCAACCCCACAGUCAGCCAGUUAGCUGUCUUUACUUCUCACCUGCCAAUCCGGCUCACAUACUCUCACUGAGCUAUGAUGGCACAUUACGCUGUGGGGAUUUUUCAAGGGCUAUUUUUGAAGAGGUAUGUAGAGAUGAAAGAAGUAGCUUUUCCUCCUUUGACUUCUUGGGAGAAGAUGCUUCCACUUUAAUAGUAGGACACUGGAAUGGAAAUAUAUCGCUGGUGGAUAGACGGACACCUGGAACUUCUUAUGAGAUGCUUAUCAAUUCUUCUCUGAGGAAAAUAAGAACUGUUCAUGUCCACCCAGUGCAUAGACAGUAUUUUAUCACUGCAGGAUUGAGGGAUACUCAUAUUUAUGAUGCAAGGCACCUGAAUCCCAGGGGAAGCCAGCCUUUGAUUUCUUUGACUGAACACACAAAGAGCAUCGCUUCUGCGUAUUUUUCACCUCUUACUGGUAACAGAGUAGUGACCACAUGUGCUGAUUGUAAGCUGAGAAUCUUUGACAGCAGCUGUAUAUCCUCUCAGAUUCCUCUGCUCACUACCAUCAGGCACAACACCAUCACUGGGCGGUGGCUGACCAGGUUCCAGGCUGUGUGGGACCCUAAACAAGAAGACUGUGUCAUAGUUGGCAGCAUGGCUCAUCCACGACGGGUGGAAAUCUUCCAUGAGACAGGAAAGCAGGUGCAUUCUUUUUUUGGUGGAGAAUGCCUUGUCUCUGUGUGUUCCAUCAAUGCUAUGCACCCAACUCGGUAUAUUUUGGCUGGAGGCAAUUCCAGUGGGAAGAUACAUGUUUUUAUGAAUUAAGAAAGUUGCUGAGUGUUUGGUUUAGCAACACCAAUUUGUUCAAAUCAGUGUCUAAGUAGCCUAGUAAUUCAUGUGCCUUGGUCUGUUUACUUGUUCAUAUGUUUUUCUUAGCAAAUAUAAAAUUGCUUUAUUAGUAAGAACUGUGAGCAGAAUGUACUUUUAGUAAGGGAGAAGGCUUUUAAGUUGUUUCUGUAGGUUGGGGAGGGAAUUUGAGGGGAGGCUAUGAUUGCUUCAGCACUUUAAUCAGGCAGUAUAUUGAGAAAUUCUAGCAUUAUAAGUUACAAAGCUUUGGUUAUUAUUAAAAGUUUUUGUGGUUUAAUGAUACGGGUUUUGAUAGUGACAUUUGGAUUUGUGGUUUAUUUUAUAGUUUGGAGUGAAUAUUUAUUUCUAGACUCAUAUACUGGAAGAGAUCCUAACUUAGUGAUUUUCAAACUUUUAAUUUUUUUAAAUAGAGAGCUCUUUUUUCCCCCGCCUUUAAAUUCAAUGUUAUGUGAAAUCCCAAGAUAAUUGUUGAGAAGCCUUAGUUGACUUGGGCAGGGCCUGGGUCUGUGUGCGCUGACCCUUUGAUCUCCUCUAGAUGGCUCUUGAGACAUGGCUGAGGAAUUCUAUGUCUUCUAGGAACAAGGUUUGGAUCUGCCUGACCCUUGUAUACAAGCCAGGGUGAGAUUGCCUUCAGACCAGUGUUUUCCACACUGUGGUUUAUAGCUAUUCAUAUGAAAUCAGUUUAGCCAUGACCAGAGUUUAAAAAAAGGAAAAGGAAAGAAAUAGUAAAGAAUAGGAAACAUAGAGUGUUGUUUUGUGAAACUUAGUUAUAUAUGCGUGCAUAUUUGUACGUAUAUAUGCACAUGUAUAUUCUGAUGUAAAAUAUAUGUCUUUAUUAUUGUGGUACUGCUGUAGGUCAUGGUUUAAGAAGUGAAAGCUCCUGCCUUAGAACGUCUCAGAUACACUUACCUAUCCCUGUCUUUAAACUCUCCAGAGGAGAUUCAUUAUCUUCUUAAGUGAAUACCUUCAUUCCUAAUUCAUAUUUGGAGGAAAUGUUAUGAAAAACGACUUUUGGCAUUUUUUGUCAUAAAUUUUUUUUUCCAGAAGUUAGGGCAAUUUGAAAGUGUUUGUUGUUGGAAGGGUAGCUACAAAAUCAGUGACUGACAUUACUGUAAGAUAUUACCUUUUUGCUAGAUAUUUACCUUGUUGCUCUUCAGUGACAAACUACUACUGAAGGACUAUUAUAGUUUUUGGCAAUAUGUUUGAAUUCUAAGAGGAAAUGUCUUCUCAAAUUGUGUAUCACUGGGUCGGCUUUAGCUCAAGCAGUUACUUCGCAUGUGGUUAUUCAAAUUGUGUAUCACAGGAAUAAAGUCACAUGUAUAAUUUCCUUCUCUGUAAUUAUUGAGGCCUAGUUUAUUAAAUAGGUUAUAAGUAAUAAGAAUUGUUUUCUUGAUGAGAGGAUUAUAGAAAUUGGUAAGUGAAAUGGAAAUAUUCAUUUAUGAAAUGGAAGGGAAAGCUAAGUGAGUUUGACUUCUAUUAAACUGCCCUGGAGAUAAUAAAUGAAGCCUGUAGGCUCCUUUCCCUUUCCUUUUCUUUUCUUUUUUUCCCUUUCCCUUUUCUACACCACUUCAUUUCACAGGUCCUAGAGUGUGGCUACUUUUGUGAAAAGUGCUCUUUUUUAAAGAUAUUGAAAAAUACUCUCAUUGAAAUUAGUACCAUCAUUUAAGCUUUGAAUCCUUGGUGGUAAUUGCCCGGUUUCUGCAAUAAAUGUUAGCAAAUUCUU